CGGAUACGGCUUUAGGUGACACACUCAAGUAGUAUAGUACUUUUCUCUCUCCUUUUCCUUCUUCUUGUUUUUCCAAAUAUAUAUUAUCAAAUGGCGAAUUUUGGUGGUGUCCACAAUCCAGAACACAUGCCCUGGCUCAAGCACUAUAAUGAUGGCAGCGAAGCACUCAAUCGACAUGACUAUGACGACGCCAUUUCGCAAACCACCAUGGCGGUCGAAGCCUUCCAAUCCAUGCAGUAUGUAGCAAUCCUCGACGUACGCGCCGAAGCCUACGGUAAUAAAGGUGACUAUGAACGAGCACUUGAAGACGCCCGAGAAAUGAUCCAUUAUGCGCCACAUUCACCGCUCGGAUACCUCCGCGCAGGCGAUUUGUAUACGAUGCAGAGCAACUAUGGCGAAGCUAUAGAUAUUUAUGCCUUUGGUCUAUAUUCUGUCGAACCAUCAUCACUUCCAGAACAACAACAACAACAAUAUGAACUGAUCCUAAGAAAGAAACAAGAGGCAGAACAGAAACAGUAUCAGCGGUUGGAUUUAAUGCGCGUUUUACCAUUCGAUGUUAUUUCAAUCAUUUUGCAAGAGCUGACACUAGAGGAGUGGAUGGCGUGUAUGGAUGUUUGUGUGCAGUGGAGAGAACUUGUUCCACGAUGUCUUGCUUGUCGUCAUUUGGACAUCAUGUUUUGGGGCUGUGAUAAGCGGCAGGAUGAACACGUCACGAGAUUGAUGGGAUCUCAUAUUCAGUCGAUUGCGCUAGCCAACGUUACGUCGUUUAAUGCAACGCGGUCUGCUAUAGAAGUGAUAAUGAAUCGAUGUCAAAGUAUUCGUAGUCUCGAAUUUCAGAUGUGUCAAAUCACCAUGGAUGAUGUCUGGCCCGCACUACGACGCGUUGGAUAUCAUUUGACAAACCUACGAAUCAACGUGGCGCCCUCGAGCGACGUUACCAUCGACGCAUUGUUAAAACUAUGUCCAAACGUGUCCUCAUUCACGUUUCAUGCUCCAUCACCACACUCAAGAACAACCGUGCAUUCUACUACCCAAAGUUCAGCAGCAACAAACGUAUCCGACAGUAGCCUCCUUUCUAUCACCUAUCUUUCAGUAGACGUCAGCCGCUACAUGCUUUUAAUAGAAUCCCUGUUAUGCCGAUGCCCAAAACUACGUUGCUUAAUUAUACCUUUUCGGCCCGAGGAUAGCCGACAACUGGUUACCCCUGAAAAAGUGUUGGACCUCUGCCCAGAUCUAGAAUACUUUGAUUUGCAUGCAUCCUUGCCGCAAGAUACUUAUGCAUCUCCACCGGAAAAAAAUCAAAAACGGCAAGCUUUAUUCAGCACUAUCACUAGUAAUACUGGCAGCAUCAUUCCAACCACUAUUAAUACAACAACGACAACGGGUAAUCGUGAUAACGAAGAACAUCAUUUACGAGAGCUAUACAUUGCCGAUCUGCACGGAUAUACGGGUAACGAUUUCAUGCCAGUGCUAGAACGUACACGAAACCAUCUCGAACGACUGCAUAUAGGUGUAGGUGCGGGUGAUGUGAUCCUUAUGGAUGAAUGGUCAGGGCUUGCAGGACUCCAAUUCAGCAAACUACAAUCGUUUCACUGCUCUAUAGCAUGCAGCACAGUCUUUUUCAGCUCCAUGUUUCGACACUGUCCGGUACUUGUGGAUCUAGAAUUCUUUAAUGUCGCUGUUAUUGACGAUGUUUUUGACGCGAUCGUCAGCGCUGGCAGUUUACAGCGACUUUCUUUUUCAUAUUGCCAUGGUAUCACCGAAGCAGGCUUCUUACAAUUCAUCCGCCAUCAUGCUACCGCGUUACAAGAAAUCGAAUUGACACAAUGUAGAGCUGUCGGUGACGAUUUGUUGGAAGCCAUUGCCGAAACUAACAGCCGAUCUUUACGGAUUCUUCGGCUGGUAGAUAAUCCUCGCGUCACACCGAAUGGGUUGUUGAUGCUCGUUCAAGGGCUGGUACGAGCGCCUGCUGCCCAUCUCCAUACGCUGGUCAUGAAAUAUAUGCAUUCUGUCACUGCAAUGGUACUCCGUGCCGUCCGUGAUUUAUCGAGUCUUAAAACACUUGAUAUAUCCGGAUCAUCCAGUGUCACUGAUAACGCGAUCCAUAUGGUUGUAGAUCAGAACCCGCAGCUACGCCAUUUAACCAUCAGUAAUUGUACAAUGAUCACUCAGUCAGCCAUUGAGCAUGCUAGAGAAAGCCAUGUUACUCAUGUUGUCGCUGAAUGAUAAUAAAU